AUGGAUCAAUUGGAUCCAAAAAAAGAAGAAAAAAACGACCUAGAAGCUCUGAGUGACCUGCAACGCGCUGAAAAUGUGAUAUCGUCACUUUUGCCUCACCCUGCUGUUGCAAUUACGAAUAGCGAUGAAUUUGAACCAUUACAGGUUAACCAGCGCGCUCCUAUUAUCCAUCCCUUGCCGCCAACGCCUUUGUCACUUUUCCAAUAUUUUCUACCUAUUUUCUUAGUACAGGAAUGGGUAAUAUACACGAAUCUAGCCCAGCCGGCUGGCCCGUACGGGCCGCCGCCAAAAUGGAGCCCUGUUUCAGUCGAUGAGAUCUACUUGUGGAUUGGGAUAUUGAUUUAUAUGGGAAUUCAUAAAGAAAUCAAUAUCCGGGACUACUGGAAGCUCUCUUCAGCCAGAACAUCGCGGCCAAAUCAUGAUUUUAUCCGAUUUAUGUCACAUGAGAGGUUCCAGCAGAUUUUACGGCGAAUUCGAAUCUUUGACCCUACAACGAUCGCGAUCGCGGCUGCCGGGAAGAGCUUCAAGCGCGUUGAACAGUGGUCUCGUCACAUACAAGCUUCGUCGACCGCGUUAUGGACCCCAGGCACGAAUAUAGCUGUGGAUGAGUGUAUGAUCCGCUAUACGGGAAGGUCUCGCGAGACAACGAUCUGGGAAUUUUACGUGCCUCCCUCGCUGAUUCCUUCCAAACGAAAGAGAGGCACAGAGGGCCCUGAUGCCUUGGCCCCGACGCAAGCUGUGGUUUUUUCCCUAGUGAACAGGCUAGAAAGCGCCAGCUAUCACGUCUUCAUGGAUAACCUCUUUUCCACACCGCUGCUCUUCCGGCUGCUUCGUGAUCAAGGGCACGCUGCAACGGGCACGCUGCGUACGAAUUACUGUGCCUCAAAGGCCCUUAUUGCAGCCAAAAAUGAAGAUCGCAAGGGAAAGUGCUGGCCUUGGGGCCAGCUGGUAGCAGAGCCUACUGAAAACGGUCUUGUCAAUCAGAUCGCGUGGAAAGAUAAUACCCUCGUGCUAUUCCUCAGCACGGCACAUCAGGGCGAUGAAUUUCAUCAACGAAUUCGAAAGCGACCGAAAGCCACACAGCCGCACACACAGCCGAUAAGGCUUAUCUUCGGCGAGGAAGGCAGGAAGGAGCUACCCGUGCCCGUGAUAGCAACCGACUAUAACUUCAAAAUGGGCUCUGUGGAUAUCGGUGAUCAGCUUCGAAGCGGCUUAGGAUACGAUCAUCGAUUUCGUAGGGGAGGUUGGCAGGCAUUAGCAUGGUCCUUUCUCCUUGAUAUUUGCCUUGUGAAUAGCUAUAAGCUGCAGCACCAGGGUAAUCCUAGCUGGGAGGUUAUCACCAGUCAGGUUGAGUGGCGCUCGCGCCUUUGCAGCGAUAUCUUCAAAAGAAGAAGCGGGCAGCUUGUGCAGGUUGCCAAGGGCUACGCGUUGGAGAAAUUCGAUCACGAUCGCGAUCGCAACCUCAACCUUCCACCGUAA